AUGGUGAAAUACGUGUACGACUUUAAAAAGUUAAUGAUACUAAGAAUUAUAUUGGGCUGGUACAAUGAAUACUUCAUAGCUGGAUUAAUACUAAAAAUAUAUUGUGGAAUAUCUCUAUUGGUUCAGCUUGUCUUUUUUAUACAUUUACUAAUUCUAAAUAAAUCGUCCUAUAAUAUUAACCUUCUAUUUAAGAUUUUUGGUAUAUUACUGGGGACUAUACCAAGUUUUAUGCUGUCUAUCCUUACAGGCGAUCGCUAUCUAUUUGUGUUUUGCAGGUGGAAUGACAUAAUAGACUCUGAUAAACAAGCUAAGCGUAUUUUCCGAAUACACCAGAUCAUGUUUGAUUCAGUACAUUUCUUUGUUAUUAUUUUCUACAUAAUAUUCUAUAGUUGGUGGUAUCUCUGCUGUACAAAAUUUAGCUUUGCGGCUUAUAUUCCUGGAAUUAUACUUCGAUUUACAAUAGAAAUGGAAAAGAUACCAUUGUUCUUGAUUUUUUCCAUCUUGCUCUGUCGUGUUAAGUUGUUUCAGCGGAAUAUUUGUUUAGAUCUAAAAUUUGGAAGCGUUUUUUCAUUGGAUCACUAUCAUCACGUUUAUUUGAAAAUUCUUGAAAAUUUAAAAAAAACUUCUUCGAGUAUAACGAUUUUGAUGCUAACCCAAACAACUUUAUUCUUCUGGGAUUCUAUUAAUACUAUGUAUAUAAUUUUACAUUUUUAUCUUGCAGAAGGGCACAUUAGAACAUAUCAUGUAGUACUAACGUGUCGCGUUAUACAUGGAUAUGUUAGUAUUGUAUUUCCUGUCUACGUUAUGGAGUAUAUAGCUGACAUAUUGGAAAACAUAAAAAUACAGCUGAUUGAACGGAAAUUAAGAUGCAUAGAUGAUAAUCGUAGAGCGGAAAUAACGAUUAUGUUGAACCUAUUGAUGGAAAAGCCUAUUAGGUUCCGGAUGCUUCGCGCCUUCCCAAUUGAUAAAACCUUUCCCUUGAAAAUAACUUCAUUAAGUAUUACCUAUUUAGUAUUCAUGCUUCAAUAUAUCCGAAAUUAG